UGAAGCACUUCGCUGUUGCUCUCGUUUGUUUGGUUGAAUCUCUCUUGGGUCGUGAGUCCUAGUCCUAGUAUUUUUGCUUCGUUAUGAUCAAUAUGGUGCUAGCGCAAAAUUGCGUAGACGGGAUUCAAUAUUAAAUACGUCGCAAGAUCUGUCGUCUCCUUCCAUCACCAUCGUGAAAUCGUGAGGCUGAUUUCUGGAUAGUCGUUCGAACUCGUAAAAGGAUUCUAGAAAUUGCAGGCAAUCAAACCUCGUCGGACGAAAGUAGGGUUUUCUUUCCCCUGUUGCAUGAUUCUUCUUCAAUUGUUGCAUAAAAAAAAGUUUGCGUCGUAGCUGGUCUUUUGUUUUUCGUAUCAUCAUGAACAAGAAAGUAGCGAGCUGACGUAUGGAAGACAAGAAGGAAAGAGCAACUAGUUCUGUUCAAGGACGUUAAACAAAAAUAUCCUUAAGUAGAAGCGCAAUCAGCAUGCUGCGGAUCAACAUGCGGGGGAUCACUCUCCGUGCGCGGCCGCGGAGAUCUUCAGUAGAAGUUCUUCUGCUUUAUUUCUUGUCCUUCCUCGUCUUCGACGGCACAUCUCUGACCGGCGCCGAUGUGGGUGUGGGACGCCGACCCGUGAACGAGCACGAUGAUUUAAUUACGCCACAUAAGCCUGUAUUGGUAUUGCUGCCUGGGGUACAACCGGACGUAUCUGCGGAUCAUGCUGACACCACCGGGAGGGAAGAGAAUUAUCUCGAAGAUCUUGUACUACGACCAGAUCCAACAUCAAAUCAUCGCGCGGAUGAGGACCUCCAGCAAGAAACCACCGAUGUUGUGGUGACAGAAGAUGAAUUUUUGCGGACGGAGGUUGAUGAGACUGGCGCGGCACUGCUCGAGCUGCCAGAAGUUCUUGUGUCUGCUGGUCGGGAAGAGGAUCUGGUCCUGGUGCCUACGACCGAGAGUACAUUCUCAUUCCGAGGAGCCUCCAGUGCGACGGGUUCGCGAGGACGAGACAAGAUCGUGGUCGUGACAAAAACUACAACACAGCAGGUCCACGAGGACCAGGUGGAGCGCCUCGCAGGUGCCAGCGUGGCGGACGAAAGUGUUGAGGAGGUACAACACGAUUUUGGCGCGGGUGUUUCAUCAUCAUCUUGGUCCGCCAUAAACUCCUCUUCCUCGACGACUCUCGGAUUGGGCGAGGACACUUCUUUCUUGCGCUCGUCUCUUUUCACGCCGGCAAGUUCGCAGCUCGAAGUUGUCCACCUCGCGUCGGAAUCUGGUGUGAAGGCCGACAUGAAGUCCCAGGAGGAGGGGUUCUUGGAAGUCAAAGUCGGCCAACUUUCGCACACACAGCCACAUUUGCACACCACGGCAGCAGGAGGACGCCGCCCCCGAGAUAAUGAAAACUCUCAUCACCUGCGGGUAGCGAGCUACAACAUCCUGUACGACUUGCAGACGGGCAGCCUGCAUAAGGGCGACAAAACGCAGCCGGCAAAAACGUGCGUUCGACAAGAUGGCGGCGCAAGCUGCAUCGUGAACCAAGGUCAGGUGAUCAGCGACAACGAUGUGACGCUUCUUGGGGUGCAGGAAUUCAUGGACCCCGGCGGACCUGCGCACUUUAAGAACGGGGACAGAAGCGCAGCUUCCCUCGAAAAGCAAGGUCAUGCGAGCCAGGAAGCGUUUCUCGAGGGUCUGAACAGCAACGCAGGUCGUGCGUGGGAGCUCGUCACUGGAGAGGGCAGCUGCGCGAUCUACGUGGACACGAGCGCGCCGUGGUACAAAGAUCACGAUCCGACGCGCGGCGGUCACCACCCCCUUCUGUUGGGCGACUACCUUCCCAAGAAGCAGAAGCAUAACCAGAACCCGGCUGUACGCGGAGCCACCGCUGCGUUUUUUCCACACAAAGCCUUAGUUUUUGCUUCCGCCUGGUUCGCGCACGGUCACGGUGUGGGUGCAGCCGGCAUGAAAGUCCUCACCGAGGCCCUCGGCAAGGCUAUUACCGCAAACGGAAUUGGCAACAGCGUCCACCGCAUCAUCGUGGCGAUGGAUUCUAACGUACAUCACCGUAGCAAUGAGUUUCUCCGCCAACAAUUUCCUGUCUCUUUGAUCGACAAUGUGAGUGGGAAGAAGGGCGGAAAACGAAAACAAGAUGAAACGAAAGAGCUGAAGCUGCACUUCGACUCGGGCAAUCAGAACAACCACAUGGGGUGCUGCAUUUGGGUACAGGAGCGAUUUUAUUUUUCUGGCCCGAUCUAUGGUGGCGACUUCAUCGCCGACACGGCGCAAGACGACCGGCACAAGACGCAACCCAUCACAAGUUGGAGCAACGGUGCCGAGAUCAUGGGGUACUGGGAGAAUGAUCCUCGUGGCAAGGCGCACGGGGACCCCGGGUCGACUAAAUGGCGCCUUACCUCCGACCAUCAGCCAGUUUACAAGGACGUGAUAUUGUGA